UUUUGACCCGUCCCGAGCCCCAAGCGUGCAACGAGAGCUCACAGCUGAUAUCGCGCACGUCGCGUACGUACGUACGUCGCAGUAGUUGAUAGUCCAUACGCCGUAAACGUCACAACGAAAAUGAGUCUGAAGCCGAAGACGUAUAAGCAGAAACGCUCAUUCGAACAACGUGCUGCCGAUGCGGAAGUAAUUCGAGAGCGGCAUCCAAAUAAAAUUCCUAUUAUUGUGGAACGUUUCUCCGGGGAGAAUCAACUGCCGCUUCUGGACAAGACUAAAUUUCUAGUGCCAGAUUUCUUGACUGUGGCAGAACUCGUUAGAAUAAUUAGGCGUCGACUAGAGCUGAAUCCGACGCAAGCAUUUUUCCUAUUAGUAAAUCAAAAGACAAUGGCGAGUGGCAGCACGACCAUGGCUGAGCUCUACCAACAUGAAAAGGAUCCGGACGGCUUUCUUUACAUGGUAUUUGCCAGUCAGGAUGUAUUUGGCCAUUAACCAGAGAGAGAUGAUACCCCUAAACCAAGUAAAAAACGAAAUACCUCCCUGAAACUUCAGAAUACUUUGAUAGGUGUUUACGUGGAAUCUUAUGGGAAUUUUAGAUCUGCUAGCAACUCUGUCUGCCUUUAAUUGAAUGUGCAGAAUCUUUGUGAUCAACUGACGGUACCUGCUGGAAUAAUUAACAGAACAAUCAUAUUUGGAACCUAUGUAUAAAAUCAUCACGGUGCUUUGUACCUUUGACAUACGGACGUUAAUUACAUUUGACAUAAGUUAGUGUAGCGUUUGCUUAGUUCACUACUAAUAAUGACAGUUUCUAUUGUUAAUUUUAGCGGUGAUAGGCUAUAAAAACGGUAAUAGUAUAUAGACAUUAAAGAUGUCAUGUGUAAAUUCCUUUUAAUGGGUAAGGAUUUCACGAGGGAUUAUGUUCUCCCCCGUUUUUAGUCAUUUAGUACUUUCAUAAGAGUCUCGACGGUCAUAGUAAGUUUUAAAUAUGUUCUCUAUAUUCAAUUAUUACUUUAAGAAUAAGUUUCGUAAUAUUCGUAGGCCAGUGUUACUUUUUUUUCACGCCGAAUUACGUACCAUUUAUGUAAUUGCGAUAGCUUCUGCAUGUAAUGUUCAUUACCGUUACUCCAACUAAUCUAAAUACCGAAAUCAAAAGUGGUGUAAUAUGUUCAUCAGCUAAUCUGUCAUUUUAUCUGUCAUAGUUGAUCAUUUAGUUAACUGUGUUUGUGAGCUGACCAGAUUCUUUUUGGCAUUUGUGGUUAAUACAUCGUGCUUUCAUCUAUUACCAAUAUAAUUCUCCCCCGAAACGUGUCAUCUCAAUGAGAGGAUAUCUACUUACCAUAAUAAAAUAUCUUCAUUAGUAUUAUUUUUACCACAAUGCUAAGACAUUGACGAAAGUGUUCAUGUACAUAACAAUAUACAUGUAUGGUGAUAUAUGCGUUAAAUUCUCGCGAAAUUACAUUUACUAAGUUUUACACAAGAUGUAAAAUUGAUCUCUGUCGAGUGUCACGAUAUACAACAAAGAUAAUUAAGUACUAUUAACUAGCAGAUAAAUAAAUUCUUCAGGGCAAUGUUUUUUAAGAUAAUCCGACGUUAAAUAUCCCCCAUCUUCGGAGAACUCGUGCAAUAUGUAACACUAAUCAUAGUGCAAACAUUUAUUAUUAAGAAAGGAGCAGGAAAAAUCAGAACGACUGCGGGAAUUUCUGAAGCUUUUUAAAUAUCCGAUAAAAAUUACAUUUAAUUAGUAAUUAUAUUUAUACACUCUGAUACACAUAGUACCUCCGAGCUUUAAUUCCACCUUAUAGCUGACACCAGUUCAUGCACACGCAUUGCUCUACGCAAUCAUUUAAUGUAAUAGCCACGUUUAUGUAAAUAUUCAUCGACAUUUACCUUAACUUACAUUAUACUGCGUAAUCGGAUGCAAUCCGGAUGCAAGGACAUGUUUCUAACGACAACCAAAUUUGUAGUACACCAUAUGCGUACAACAUGAUGUUGCAGCUUAAUUAUUUCUUUAUUUUGUACGCGAUUAGCAUGUAUCAUAAUUUUUAUGUAUGUAUUGCAUAACGGAUACAUCGUAUAAUCAAGGCAGAAGGAAAAUAGAAAAUGGGAUAUCUAUUUGACUCAAAUUGUAUCUUGAUAACAUAAGUUCAUUUUAGUGUUGCACCUUCUACCUUUAAAAAAAUGAAAUAGAUAUAUAUUUGGGCUUCGGAGAGAGAGAAAGAGACAAGAAAGCGUCGAAUGUGCAGCUAAAAAGUGAACAGACCUACGAUCAAUGACGACAGUAGUGAUACUAGCAGUAGUCAUAUUAUAUUUAGCUGUAAAGCUUUCGUGUAAAAGUAUACAGAAAGCUGUAUGUACCCCACAUUGUACGAACUAUUUGCAAUAAACUAAUUUUUUUCAUAGUUUGAUACCUCGGGAAA